GUCAGUGUUGCACAAACACUUCAUCUCCGCAAUUCUAGAAACUGGCUUAAUCCAUCCAACUGGAUAAAGCAAUGCAAGUGUGUCAAACAUUUUUUUUAUGAUAAGAUAACCAAAAAUCGAUAGGUAAAGUCCGCAGGAUGCGAUAUUGCUGUUUUGAUCUGUAGCGUCUGUUCGCGAUUUAACGUGGAAUACGAACGAGCAAAUGAGUGAACCAGACGGCCUCUAUAAACCUCAAGCAAACAGGAGUAUUUUCCGCACAAAAUCGCUACUUUUCCACAAUCGAAGACAUCAACAACAACCUUCGUUGCCUAGAAACCGUCACUGGUGACGUGUUUUUCCGGAAACACGCUUGAGACUGACUCACAAAAAUCUACAGCCCCCCUUGCUGAUGAUGAAUUCUACCACAUGCGCCACCGGAACAGAGGCAUAGCGUUGAUUUUCAACCAUCUGAUCUUCGAUCAGAUGCUGUGCAAACCGCGAAGGGGCACCGAUCAUGAUCGCGACAACAUGGAAAAUGUCCUUAAAAUGAUGGGGUUUCAUGUGAAAAUCUACAACGACUACACGUGCGAUCAGAUCAUGGAAACUCUGGAUAUCGUAUCAAAAAUGGACCAUUCAAACAACGACUGCCUGGUGGUGACCAUUCUAUCCCAUGGGGGCCGCUUUGGGACGAUUUAUGCGACAGAUCGCCCAUACAACAGCAAUGAGGUUAUCCAUAAGUUUUCCGGGACGCAAUGCCCCAGUCUGGCUGGGAAACCCAAACUCUUUUUUAUACAGGCGUGUAGAGGAGAACAAGCUGACUCAGGAGUCAGAAUCCAUAGCGACAGUCCAAGAAGGGAUCAAGAGUUUUAUACCAUUCCGAAUUUGGCGGACAUUUUGAUCAUGUUCUCCACUGUGGAAGGUUACUAUGCUUGGCGCGACACUCAAAAUGGAAGCUGGUUUAUUCAAUCCUUGUGCAAAAUGUUACGGAAGCACUAUAAAACACGCGAGUUGCUGUCGAUUUUGACUCUGGUUAAUCGAGAUGUUGCCAUCGGCUACGAAUCUGACAGCAUUUUGCCGAAGUUCCAUAAAAAGAAGCAAAUGUGCUGCAUUGCCAGUAUGCUAACCAGACUAUUGCGAUUCUAGUCAAUAUAUUGACUUCUUGUCCAUGACUCACGCUUAGUCAUGCUAAAAUUGACACCUCAAUAUCAAUCAAUCUGUUGUUUCCAAAGGGACCUUGUCAUAAACGACAGAUUCAUUGCGCUUAAGGUGUCAAUUGAAGCAUGACUAAGCAUUUUUGUUGCCGCAUUUACACACGUAGCUUUACGCUCGCCCAAAAAAAUCACUCAAAUCAACUAAAGUUUUUAACUGCUAAAACCUACAAAAAUCAACGAACAAUAAAUAAUGCAACGCUCAAAACCA